CUCCUGGGGACUCCGAAUUGUCCACGCCUGUCGGAUGUGCCAAUUUUAGAACCCUUUGCUAAAUUUGGCAUCACUAGUGACCUCAUCACAGACUUGGUCUUUCGAGAGGACAGUAUCAAUCUCGCUUUUCAACAAGGCGUCAUUCUCACCUAUUCUCGACCCAUGGAGUCCUGUUCAGCAACAGCAGCUGCCGGUGAUCUGAGUAUCUUUGACACCUCCAAUCUCGUAGGCGACAGCGGAGCUGUUGAAAUCGAUGACGAAGGUGGGAUUGGUGUGGGAUGUGUCGAGACAGUGGACAACGUUGAUGUUGAUGCUGACGACGAUGUUGAGGCCUCACCUCCCCAUAUGCGUGGCUCAACAUCGAAUGCCUCGGCAACAAGCAGUACCGCUACCACACCUACCAACAGCAGCAACAACCAUCGCUUACGUCAUCAUGCUCUCUCUCCUGGAUUACAACAUCGACUGUCGCGGUCUCCAUUCGUGCCCGAGUCUGCCGGUCAGGCGCUGUGA